AUGUCAGAGCCUUCGGUUGCUGACACUCGCCGGCUGAAUUCCAAGCCUCAGGACCUGUCGGACGCAUACGGUCCACCCAGCAAUUUUCUGGAGAUAGACGUUUUUGAUCCACAAAUCGUUGGAGUCGGCCGACACCGGUACACAACCUAUGCAGUUCGGAUGCGGACCAACCUUCCCAUUUUCAAAUUGAAAGACUCCUGCGUGACGAGACGAUACAGUGACUUCGAGUGGUUAAAGAAUGAGCUUGAGCGAGACAGCAAGAUUGUAGUACCUCCUCUCCCGGGUAAAGCCCUGAAGAGACAGUUGCCAUUCCGAAGCGACGAAGGGCUUUUUGAGGAGUCGUUCAUCGAGGAGCGGCGGUCUGCUUUGGAGCAGUUUAUCAACAGAAUUGCAGGUCACCCUUUGGCCCAGAACGAGCGCUGUCUGCACAUGUUCCUCCAAGAGGCUGAGAUUGACCGGAACUACAUUCCCGGAAAAGUACGACACUAA